CGUCGAGCUCGAGCGCCGCCGCCUCUUCCGCGUUCAGCCGGUGACAGAAGCGCACAGAUCCGGACGGGUACAUUUAAUCUCCGCGCAGACAGUAAUUCAUUUGUUCAUUCAGCGGAAGGAGAUAACGCCGAUAUGUCGUACGAGCUCAAACGCCUGUUUGCCAGUCUGCCUCAUAUGGAGAGGGGCGUGGCCAAAGUCCUGGGCGGAGACCCCAAAGGGAACAACUUCCUGUAUACCAAUGGGAAGAGUGUGAUAAUCAGAAACAUCGAUAACCCUGCGAUCGCAGACGUCUACACUGAACACCCGCAUCAGGUGAUCGUAGCGAAAUACGCCCCGAGUGGAUUCUACAUCGCGUCGGGCGAUGUGUCGGGGAAAAUCCGGAUCUGGGACACGACGCAGAAAGAACACUUGCUGAAGUACGAGUACCAGCCGUUCGGAGGGAAGAUCAAGGACAUCGCCUGGACCGAAGACAGCAAGAGAAUCGCUGCGGUGGGGGAGGGGCGAGAGAAGUAUGGAGCGGUGUUUCUCUGGGAUUCGGGUUCAUCUGUCGGUGAGAUUGUGGGUCACAGUAAGGUCAUCAACAGUGUGGACAUCAAACAGACUCGUCCGUAUCGUCUGGUGACGGGCAGUGACGACAACUGCACCACCUUCCUGGAGGGACCACCCUUUAAAUUCAAAUGUACCAUAAGUGAUCACAGUCGGUUUGUGAACAGUGUGCGGUUUUCUCCUGAUGGUAAUCGUUACGCAUCAGCCGGAGCCGACGGACAGAUUUUCCUGUAUGAUGGCAAAACUGGAGAUAAGGUGGGAUCUCUGGGAGGAGAGAAGGCCCAUGAUGGAGGCAUUUACGCUGUCAGCUGGAGUCCCGACAGCACACAGCUCAUCUCAGCGUCCGGUGAUAAGACGGUUAAAUUAUGGGAUGUUGGCAGUGGGACAGCGGUGACGACCUUUAACCUGGGCUCUGAUGUUCUGGACCAGCAGCUGGGCUGUUUGUGGCAGAACAAUCACCUGCUCAGCAUCUCCCUGUCUGGAUACAUCAACUACCUGGACAAGAACAACCCCGAUCGCCCGCUGCGCACCAUCAAAGGUCACACUAAAUCCAUCCAGUGUCUGACGGUUCACUCGGUGGACGGCCGAUCAAACAUCUAUUCUGGCAGUCAUGAUGGGCACAUUAAUUACUGGGACUCCGAGACCGGAGAUAACGAGGAGUUUCUGGGGAAGGGUCACUCUAACCUGGUCGCUAAGAUGAGUGUGGAUGACUCGGGUCGUCUGGUCACCUGCAGUAUGGACGACACCGUCCGCUACACUGACCUCAAAAAGAAAGAGUACAGUGCAUCUGAUGUGGUAAAAAUGGACAUGCAGCCAAAGUGUGUCAGUGUGGGUCCCGGAGGUGUCGUUGUCGCCGUGUGUAUCGGACAGCUGGUUCUGUUGAAGGACAAGAAGAAGCUCUUCACUCUGGACUCUCUCGGUUACGAGCCUGAAGCUGCUGCCGUUCACCCUGGAGGCGGGACUGUGGCUGUGGGCGGAGCUGAUGGACAGGUGCAUCUGUUCUCCGUUCAGGGAAACACACUGAAGGAUGAUGGGAAGGUGUUGUCUGUUCAGGGGCCGGUGACGGACAUGUCGUACUCUCGUGACGGAGCGUAUCUCGCUGUAACCGAUGAGAAGAAGGUCGUCACUGUGUUCACUGUCGCUGAUGGAUACUCGGAGAAGAACGAGUUCUACGGUCAUCACGCAAAGGUCAUGUGUUUGACCUGGUCACCUGAUAACGAGCACUUUGCCACCAGCGGAAUGGACAUGAUGGUCUAUGUGUGGAGCGUCAGCGAUACGGAGAAGAGGAUCAAAUUACCAGAUACACAUCGGUUACAUCAUGUCAGUGGUCUGGUGUGGCUCAACGCAAACACGCUCGUCACGACAUCUCACGACGCGUGUGUGAAACAGUGGACCAUAAAAAUCUAAACGCACAUCUCAGCGGGAUCAACAGAGACGACUCACCGGCUGUCUCUCUCUCUGUCUGUCUGUCUGUGUCUCUCUCUCUCUCGUUUUCUGUCUGUCUCUCUCUCUAUGUCUCUCUCUGUCUGUCUGUGUGUCUGUCUCUCCCUCUCUCUCUCCCUCUCUGUCUCUAUGUCUCUCUCUCGUUUUCUGUAUGUCUGUCUGUCCCUCCCUCCCUCUCUCUCUGUGUGUCUCUCUCUCUCUCUCUCUCUCUCUCUCUCUCUCUCGUUUUCUCUCGUUUUCUGUAUGUCUGUCUCUCUCUCUGUCUCUCCCUCCCUCUCUGUCUCUAUGUCUCUCUCUCUCUCUCGUUUUGUGUCUGUAUCUCUGGUUUGGGUUCGGCUCAUUUCUCCUGCAGGUUUUCAGCUGCUGAACAAACACACAGUAGAAUGAUGAUGUCAUCGUGUGUUCAGACAGACAGGAACCCUUUAACACUCGAGCAGCACUUGACUUUCCUAAACGACACACAUCUGACCACAAACUCUGUCAGUGAUGCAUUCCAGAAGCAGGGGUCAGAGGUCAUGCGUGUGGCUGUGUGAUCGUGGAGCUCUCGUGUGUGUGUGUGUGUGUGUGUGUGUGUGUGUGUGUGUGCGUGCGUUUAUAUCGAUGAUUAAUAAGCGUACAGCAGAACGUGUCUGAACUCUGUGAUGGUAUUUUACUCCUCACAUGUUGCUGAAGUGUUUCUGUUUGGAUGUCUCGUGCAUUUUCAUUGGGUGGAUGUGAUUCAUAAUUGUAUUAAUAAUGACAAUAAAACACUUUUAUGCACUUUC